AUGAGCCAGAUUGUACGUGCUUUGGAAGGCGAUGUCUCGUUGGAAGAUUUGAACGAGGGAGUGAAGCCUGGCCAUAGUGCGAUAUUUGGAUCAACUGGCAGUUCUGAGUAUGAUGGCUCAAACCAUGGAGAAAUGAAGAAGUUCAGGAAAGCGGGAUUGUCGAGCCAGGAGUUCACAAGCAGCGAGCAUGGUGUCACCGGCGAGUUUGUCAAUACUUCAAGCGACGAAUCUCCAGAAAUCCGCCGGAUGCGCAGCCCCUGA